AUGGUUUGGACAAAGCCAGUAAAUGUUCUUUCUCAGUGCUUGAAAUCAAAGGACUUUUUCUUUGUUCUUGCAGUUGGCUCACCUGGUAGGAUUUUGACAGUGUCCAGCUUCUAUUAUACCAUAUUGCAGGAUGUGAUAGUAGCAGUUCAAGGUGGGAGCGAAGCAGAUCCCGCCGCACCCGGGGUCCGCGUCUGCAGCGAGGCCGAGAUCACGUCUGCGGAAGGGAGCUGCAGCCAGACGCCGAACCGGGCCAUCCCGGCCACCCUUUGGGUGGUGCUCAGAGACAGUUCGCAGCUGCCACCUGGGGAUUACAACACCACUCCGGGAGGUACGCUCUUCAGCACCACCCCCGGAGGUACCAGGAUCAUAUACGACCGAAAUUUUUUGAAGGAAUGUCAUAAUUCUCCUGUGGCCAAAACACCUCCCCGGGAUCUGCCCACCAUUUCUGGGGUCACCAGCCCCUUUGGUGAUGAACCUGCUACUGAAAUGAACCCCCAACCACUACCCAACAGCCAUAAGGAUAAGCCAGGAAGCCAUGAGGAGUCACAACUUGAGAUGGACAUUUAA